AGCUGGGAAACUUUCGUGACACACUGCGUAACCUGUCUACCCCCUAUAGUUAUAGUAUAACCAUGAGUCCAAAGUUUACUCCAAUAAGAAGGUAUACGAACAAGUUCCAUUAGUUGUUUUCAUUCAUUAUUAGUUUUUUUUUUUUCUCAUAAUUAGAAAUGAUUACAAAAAUUGCCACGCAUAGGGUUCUCGUUGUCCUUCUUGUGUUUUUUUUCAUCAUAAUAAUUAGAAAUGAAGGUUGCUGUACCAAUGGAACCAUUGAGGUUCUUAUUCCAGAUCCCCAGUCAUCAUCCAUCCCUUCAGAUUUGCUGAAGACGCCCUCAUCGGUGACUGGUGAUCGCGCCCCUCUCGAUGUCGUCGAUUCCGAAGACGACAAUAAUGAUCGCUGCGACGGCAGCGAUCAUCAGGCUACCACGGCCUGGAUCUGUCGAAACCACUACUUUACCGACCAAUCUCCUCCUCCCGCCGUGACUAGCGGGAUUACCACUGAGAUACGAACGGAGGGGCGGGAGGAGGAGGACGACGACGACAAGGAUUCCUUCACGUUGGGGGAUACACUCGUCGGCCUGACUUUCGAAGCCGCGGUUUUUCUAAUGGUUUCCAGUUUCCAGCCACGCGGUAAUUCGUCCUUGUUAGCUACUUGGUCUCCAUCGUGGUCGAUGUCUCCUCCUCCUCCUCCUUCCUUGUCGUCGUCGUCGGCCUCACUUCCGAUUACUAUGGCUUGGGUAGCCAUUGUAUUCGGUCUCACAGUUAGUUUGAUAGCCCGGAUGAUGUUGCGGAGAGGACACACAACGGCAGCCAACGUCUGUAAGUACGCCUGCAUUCUAUCAGUUGCGGUAGCAUUUUUUUCAAUGACCUCUGUGUUUGUCGCCGAUCGCUUUGCUUGGGUGCUGUGGGUCGCGGGCGGUGUUUUGUUGCUUGUGUUCGCUUAUUCCAUCUCCCGAAGAUGAUGAGGUUUGAUUUCGGGUGUAUCACUCCAUCGGAGGCGAGGAGGUAUUCUGGCAUGGGAGUGAGUCUACAUGCAUGUUGAUGGAUGGUAAAUAUGGUAGCACGUACAAAUUUGGUGGGACUAAUGUCAUAAUUCCUUAGAUGUCGAGGUAUAGCUCACGGGUUGAGCUCGCUCCCUUUAGAGCUUCUCCAUCUACCAGGUCGGGAGAUUAAAUCUCACUAAUCCCUCCCUAGAAUAUGAUAGCCAUAGAAUUCGCCUUGUCUACAAGGAAAAUAUAAUAAUCCCUUGACUAAGGAACUACUAGCAAAGUUUUGUAGAGUUACAACUGCUGUUUUUCUUUUGGUGUUAAAGCAUAGUGGUGUUUUCGAGUCUACGUUGGAAUUGUUGUUGUGUAUGAAUUUUGAAGUGUAUGGACCUUCAGCAUGCAAAUAUUAACAUAAAUUAUCUCC